AAUCUUCAUACUGGAGAGCUGGCUGCUGUGAAAAUAAUCAAGUUAGAGCCUGGAGACGACUUUUCAUUGAUACAGCAAGAAAUAUAUAUGGUUAAAGAAUGCAAACAUUGCAACAUAGUCGCCUAUUUUGGGAGCUAUCUCAGCCGUGAGAAGCUGUGGAUAUGCAUGGAAUACUGCGGUGGGGGAUCCCUCCAAGAUAUUUACCAUGUAACAGGACCUCUGUCAGAGUUGCAAAUUGCAUAUGUAUGCAGAGAAACUUUACAGGGUCUUGCUUAUUUGCAUAUGAAGGGCAAAAUGCAUAGAGAUAUCAAGGGUGCAAAUAUUCUACUAACAGACCAUGGAGAUGUCAAAUUAGCUGACUUCGGUGUAGCAGCAAAAAUAACAGCCACCAUUGCGAAGAGGAAAUCAUUUAUUGGUACCCCUUACUGGAUGGCUCCAGAAGUUGCAGCGGUGGAAAAGAACGGUGGAUAUAACCAGCUCUGCGAUAUCUGGGCGGUCGGCAUAACAGCGAUUGAACUUGCAGAGCUUCAGCCACCCAUGUUUGAUCUUCACCCGAUGAGGGCUUUGUUUUUAAUGUCAAAAAGUAAUUUUCAACCACCAAAGCUAAAGGAAAAAGCAAAAUGGUCAUCAACAUUCCAUAAUUUCGUCAAAAUAGCACUUACAAAAAAUCCAAAGAAGAGGCCGACAGCUGACAGACUCCUUUCUCAUAGCUUUGUAGGGCAGCCUGGUCUUUCAAGAUCUUUAGCAGUUGAGCUGUUGGACAAAGUUAAUAAUCCUGAGAACCAUACACACUACGGUGAAGUUGACGAUGAUGAUUUUGAGCCUCACUCCGUUAUCCGCCAUACAAUUCGUUCCACGAACAGGAACGUUAGGGCAGAAAGAACGGCGUCGGAGAUAAACUUUGACAAGCUGCAGUUUGAGCCCCCUCUGCGGAAAGAAACAGAAGCUCGGGAUGAAAUGGUUGUGGCAGCUGGCACUGACUUUGCUUCACAUUGGAAUCCUUUUGUUGAUGGGGGAAGCAGCAAAUCAACACUAAAACGAGCAGGGCCACCUCCGCUACCUCCUAAGCCGAGAAUAAACAGUUAUCCUGAGGAAAACCUCCCAGAUGACGAGAAGUGUCAGACAAUAAAACAUUUCCCAGACUCUCAGAACAGAGCCCCACCAGCUCACAGGAGACAAAGUAUCCCUGUUUGUGGGCCACAGGCUGAUUCUUCCCCCGCUGGGAUGACCAGCAGCAUCAGAAACGGGGAUGGCAUGCUGAAACUCAUUGAAGAAAACGCAGAAGGGUCUGGACAAAUUCCUCAACUGCCACGUAAAAAAGAGAAAAGAGAUUUUCCUAAGCCAGCCAUCAAUGGUUUACCACCAACACCGAAGGUGCUGAUGGGAGCGUGUUUUUCCAAAGUCUUUGAUGGUUGUCCUUUGAACAUUAAUUGUGCAACGUCAUGGAUACAUCCAGAUACUAAAGAUCAGUACAUUAUCUUUGGCACAGAAGAAGGUAUCUACACUUUGAAUUUGAAUGAACUUCAUGAAGCAACGAUGGAACAGUUAUUCCCCCGAAAGUGCACCUGGCUGUACGUUAUCAAUAACACCCUAAUGUCCUUGUCAGAAGGGAAAACAUUCCAGCUCUACUCCCAUAAUUUAAUAGCUUUGUUCGAACAAGCCAAAAAAACAGGAUUAGCUGCUCAUAUUCAAACCCACAGAUUUCCUGACAAAAUAUUACCAAGGAAGUUUGCCUUAACGACAAAGAUCCCUGACACAAAAGGAUGCCACAAAUGCUGUAUAGUACGAAAUCCAUACACAGGACAUAAGUACCUGUGUGGUGCGUUGCAGUCUGGAAUUGUUCUACUACAGUGGUAUGAGCCAAUGCAGAAAUUCAUGUUGAUAAAGCACUUUGAUUUUCCUUUGCCAAGCCCUUUGAAUGUGUUUGAAAUGCUCGUGAUACCGGAGCAGGAGUACCCGAUGGUCUGCGUCGCUAUCAGUAAGGGUUCUGAACCCAAUCAGGUCGUUCAGUUUGAGACAAUCAACUUGAACUCUGCUUCUUCGUGGUUUACAGAAAUCGGUGCAGGCAAUCAGCAGCUGGAUGCCAUUCAUGUAACACAGCUGGAAAGAGACACGGUCCUAGUCUGCCUGGACAAAUUUGUGAAAAUUGUGAAUUUACAAGGGAAAUUGAAAUCAAGCAAGAAAUUGGCCUCUGAGCUGAGCUUUGAUUUCUGCAUUGAGUCAGUGGUGUGCCUUCAAGACAGUGUGCUGGCCUUCUGGAAGCAUGGCAUGCAGGGCAAAAGCUUUAAGUCAGAUGAAGUUACCCAGGAGAUAUCAGAUGAAACCAGGGUUUUCCGCUUACUGGGCUCAGACAGAGUGGUGGUGUUGGAAAGCAGGCCGACGGAAAACCCGACUGCACACAGCAAUCUCUACAUCUUGGCUGGGCACGAAAACAGUUACUAA